AAAAAAAAAAAAAAAAAAAAUAAGAGAGAGAGAGAGAGAGAGAGAGAGCCGGAUAAAGGAAAAAGACAAAGCGUCAGGAGGAUUUGCUGCCAGAGGAAGCUGAAGUUUGGUGAGGUGAGAGUGGGGUAAUUUGGAUGAAGAAGAAGAAGAUAGAGAAGGCGGAGGAACAACAAGAAGAAAAACCGAAACUCAGCCAAACGACCUCGUUUUCUCUCCAAUUCGACCGUGCUUCCUCUUCCUCUCUCCGGUGGCUCCGUACGCGGACAAGAUGUGCCGACAAGACUCUCGCGUGCGUCUGUCGGCGGAAGAAGAAAUUGCAGCUGAAGAGAGUCUCUCCAUUUACUGCAAGCCUGUUGAAUUCUACAACAUUCUUCAACGUCGCGCUAUCAGAAACCCAUCGUUUCUUCAAAGAUGUUUGAGUUACAAAAUCGAAGCGAAGCACAAAAAGAGAAUACAAAUGACUGUUUCACAUUCAAUGACUGGGAACGAAGGCAUACAAAAUCAUAACUCGUUUCCUUUGUAUGUGUUUCUGGGAAGACUAGUUUCUGAUGUUGCAGUUCAAGAGUAUUCUGCCACAUACCGAUUCAGCCGAGCAUGCAUCUUAAACAAUACAACCGGAGAGGGAAGCAGUCAAGUUCAAGCAAAUUUUAUCCUUCCUGAUAUUAAUAAGCUGGCAUUGGAGGCCAAAUCUGGCACAAUUGCCAUUUUGCUUGUUAGUUUUGUGGGAGCCCAAAAUCCUUUAUGUGGAAUCAAUCCAUUCAGGGGUCCUUUGGAUAUUGGUUCUUUUCCAUCAAAUGUUGGGGGGUACUGCCUGUGGGGAAAGAUACCCUUAGAAUCACUGUACAUCUCAUGGGAGAAUUCUCCAAAUUUUAGUUUGGGACAGAGAGCUGAGAUGAUGUCAACUAUUGAUAUGCACACUUGCUUCUUGAAGUUGAAUUGUUUGAAUGAGGAUAAUUGCAUCUCAAUUCAACUUUAUAAUUCAGAAACCGUGACUACAUCCCGACAAGUACAAGUCACUGUUUCUGCAGAAGAGUUUGGUGCUAAAGAAAAAUCUCCUUACAAUUCAUAUAUAUGUAGUGAUAUUCCUUCUUCAUCACUGUCUGAUAUUAUUCGGUUGAGGGCAGGAAAUGUGAUAUUUAAUUAUAGAUAUUACAACAAUAAGUUGCAAAGGACUGAAGUAACUGAAGACUUUUCAUGUCCCUUCUGUUUGGUUAAAUGUGCAAGCUUUAAGGGUUUGAGAUAUCACUUGACCUCAUCACAUGAUCUCUUCAACUUUGAAUUUUGGGUGACUGAAGAGUAUCAAGCUGUAAAUGUGUCAGUGAGGACCGACAAUUGGAGAUCUGAGAUGGUUGCUGAUGGUGUUGAUCCUAAGCUACAAGUAUUCUUUUAUUACUCGAAGCCACUUAGACGCAAAAGACGGAAGAACCUACAUAAUGCAAAUCAUGUACAUCCGUAUGUCUUUGAGUCGAACUUGCAUGCUGGAGCCUGUAAGCUUUCGGAGAAGGCAGAUGAUGCUCAUUCCAGUAAAGGUGAAAAGGCUCGUGUCUCAGGGGUUUCAAGUGGCAUACCACAUUCAUAUACUGAUCCUGGUUCUGUUCAAUCAUUAUCCACACACAAUCUUGCACCUCCUGCCAUGUUGCAGUUUGCAAAGACAAGAAAGCUAUCUAUUGAACGUUCGGACCCAAGGAAUUGUGGCCUCUUGCGGGAGCGACAGUUUUUUCACUCGCACAGAGCCCAGCCUAUGGCAUUGGAACAAGUGUUAUCGGACAGGGAUAGUGAGGAUGAAGUCGAUGAUGAUGUUGCUGAUUUUGAAGAUCGACGGAUGCUCGAUGAUUUUGUUGACGUGACGAAAGAUGAGAAGCAAAUGAUGCACAUGUGGAACUCCUUUGUGCGGAAGCAACGAGUUCUGGCAGAUGGUCAUAUUCCUUGGGCAUGCGAGGCAUUUUCGAAAUUGCAUGGACCUGAUUUGGUCAAAACCCAUGCACUGAUAUGGUGUUGGAGAUUAUUUAUGAUUAAACUGUGGAAUCAUGGUCUCCUUGAUGCACGUACCAUGAACAACUGUAACAUUACUCUUGAAAGAUACCAAAACCAGCCUUCCGAUACCCAAGGCUGAAAAAAGCAAAUUAUUUUUUCGAGAUCGGAAACGAACUCUUGAGCAAAGAAAGAAAGAAAAAAGAAAAAGAAGCUCCAUUUACUAAUUCGCUAAUCCCGGUGACUAUAUUUGUAUCAUAUAUAUUUUUUGUUAUAGUGCUGUAUUUAUUAUUGACCCUGAAAUUUUUAUUUUUUUAUUUUAUUUUUUGGUUGGUUC